AUGCUUGACGAUCCGAACCGGACGUUUGCGAUAAAGAAGAUGAAGCUCAACCGUCUACCCCCAACAUCAGGCUACGAAAAUGUGGAGUUAGGAGCGUUUAACAUGGAUCUGGAAGACUGUACAGAGAAGACCAUACUUUCUUCAAAGUCAUCGUCGGUGGCUUCAACGCCAAGAAUGGCCCCCGAAGGAAAAACUGAAAAGCUUCACAUCGGCAUUCACGGAAUGGAGUGGAUGGAAUGGAAGAAAAGGAGAAAGGCUGACCGAGUUUAUCAUGCCGUCCCACCCUAUCCACUGUAA